AAAUCUUCUCCCAAUCGUCAGAAAUGUGCAAGACACAGAUUCUUCAACAACACGCGAGACGGAUUCUCGCUCAAAGUAACAGGAGUUGUUUGUUUCGCUCAUACGGAACCGUAUCGGCUGCGGCUCAAAAUUUGCCGAGUCGGAUCGUGACAGAUUCAAAUCAGAAUGCACACAUCACUCCGGUGUUAGAGUCAUGGCAGAAACAAGUGCAUCAAGUGAAGCCGUCUGACCUCAGAGGCCUCAUCAAGAAUCUCCGUGACUCCAAUCAAUUUUCUAAAGCUCUUGAGGCAUCGAAGUGGAUGGGUGAACAAAAGGUUUUUGAUAUUGUUCCAGAAGAUUAUUCAGCUCGGCUUCAUCUUGUUGAGAAUCUUCUUGGCUUGGAAGAAGCCGAGAAGUUCUUCAAAAGCAUUCCCAAGAACAUGAGGGAUUAUUCUGUCUACGCCACUCUCUUGAGCUCUUACACGAAAUCUGAGGAUAGAUUAGAUAAAGCUGAGGCCACGUUUGAGAAGAUGAGAGAGCUUGGAUUCCUCUUGAAACCUUCACCCUUCAACUCGAUGAUUUCUCUCUACGGUCAGCUCCAAAAACUAGAUAUGGUCGAGAAGCUUGUACGUGAGAUGCAAGAAACCAAGGUGGAGUGUGACAGUCCCACGGUGAACAAUAUAUUGAGGGUAUACGCGGAUACAUGCAAGAUAAAAGCGAUGGAGACGUUUAAAACGUUUGUUGAUGAGCAAGGAAUCAAACUAGAGGGAGGUACCAUCGUUGCAAUGGCAAAGGCUUACCUUAGAUCUGGUUCGAUAGAAAAGGCGAUAGAGAUGUAUGGUAACGUGGAAGGGAGUGAAAAAGAAGUGUACCGUCUUUGGGAUGAGUACAAGAAGGAAACAAAGGUUAAUGAUAAUGGAUAUCGAACAGUUCUUAGCUCUUUGUUAAAGCUGGACGAUAUACAAGGAGCAGAGAAGGUAUAUGAAGAGUGGAAACCGGAAGGACCGAAGCUGGAUAUGAGCAUACCGAGUUUACUGCUUUCCCGGUAUUACGCUGAAGGCAUGGAAAUGAAGAUUGACCAAAUGGUAAAGUCUAUUAGAAAGAAGAGGUAUGAGAUGCAUUUCAAGAAGAUAAAAGAACGUUUGAUCCUCCGGAGGGUGAUUGUUGGCAUGGGAUUGAAGGUUGAGCAAAUGGCAAAAGAGACUAUUAGGAGAAGCGAAAUGGGAACGACGCUUCUACUUCCGAUCAUCGACCUUUCUUCGCCGGAAAAAAUCUCCACUGCUCAAUUGAUUCGUCAGGCAUGUCUUGAACAUGGAUUCUUCUAUGUCAAGAAUCAUGGAAUCUCUGAAGAAUUAGUGGAAAGGGUUUUCAAGGAGAGCAAAGGCUUCUUUAAUCUCCCACUAGAGGAAAAGAUGGCUUUACUCCGCCGUGAUUUGCUCGGUUAUACUCCAUUGUAUGCUGAGAAACUUGACCCGUCCUUGAGCUCAAUAGGUGAUUCCAAGGAAAGUUUCUAUUUUGGUUCUUUGGAAGGUGUUCUCGCUCAACGUUACCCUAAUCAAUGGCCUUCUGAAGGUAUCUUGCCAUCAUGGAGGCAAACCAUGGAAUGUUACUACAAGAAUGUCCUGUCCGUGGGUAGAAAACUGCUCGGCUUGAUUGCCUUGGCAUUGGAUCUAGAAGAGGACUUCUUCGAAAAAGUUGGGGCUUUGAAUGAUCCUACAGCAGUUGUUCGCCUCUUACGCUAUCCAGGUGAAGUGAUUUCGUCAGAUGUUGAAACAUAUGGUGCCUCAGCUCACUCAGAUUAUGGAAUGGUCACUCUUCUUUUGACUGAUGGAGUUCCAGGACUUCAGGUUUGUAGAGACAAAUCGAAACACCCUCACAUUUGGGAAGAUGUCCCUGCAAUUAAAGGGGCGUUUAUCGUCAACAUUGGUGAUAUGAUGGAGAGAUGGGCCAAUGGAUUGUUCCGGUCUACAUUGCACAGAGUGAUGCCGGUGGGAAAAGAACGUUACUCGGUGGUGUUCUUCUUAGAUCCCAAUCCAGAUUGUAAUGUGAAAUGCUUGGAGAGUUGUUGCAGUGAAACGUGUCCCCCAAGAUUCCCGCCUAUCCUCGCCGGCGACUAUAUUAAGGAGCGAAUUGAUCACCUUGCCGAUGAGAGAAACAAGGCCGAGUUCGACGUCGAGGAGAUGAAGAUCGUCUGGGCUGGUUCCCGCCACGCUUUUGAGGUUUCCGAUCGAAUUGCCCGUCUUGUCGCCAGCGAUCCGGUAUUUGAGAAAAGCAAUAGAGCUCGGUUGAGUAGGAAGGAGCUGUUUAAGAGCACGUUGAGAAAAUGUGCUCAUGCGUUUAAGAGGAUUAUCGAGCUUCGUCUCAAUGAGGAAGAAGCAGGAAAAUUGAGGCACUUUAUCGAUCAGCCCGCCUAUGUGGAUCUGCACUGGGGAAUGUUUGUGCCUGCUAUUAAGGGGCAGGGCACAGAGGAGCAGCAGAAGAAGUGGUUGUCGCUUGCGAGUAAGAUGCAGAUUAUUGGGUGUUAUGCACAGACUGAGCUUGGUCAUGGCUCAAAUGUUCAAGGACUUGAGACAACUGCCACAUUUGAUCCCAAGACUGAUGAGUUUGUAAUUCAUACUCCAACUCAGACUGCAUCCAAAUGGUGGCCUGGUGGUUUGGGAAAAGUUUCUACCCAUGCUGUUGUUUACGCUCGUCUCAUAACUAAUGGAAAAGACUAUGGUAUCCAUGGAUUCAUCGUGCAACUGCGCAGCUUAGAAGACCAUUCUCCUCUUCCGAAUAUAACUGUUGGUGAUAUCGGGACAAAGAUGGGAAAUGGAGCAUAUAAUUCAAUGGACAACGGGUUUCUUAUGUUUGAUCAUGUUCGUAUUCCUAGAGAUCAAAUGCUCAUGAGGCUGUCAAAAGUUACAAGGGAAGGAAAAUAUGUUCCAUCGGAUGUUCCAAAGCAGCUGGUAUAUGGUACUAUGGUGUAUGUGAGACAAGCAAUUGUAGCAGAUGCUUCCAUUGCACUAUCUCGAGCAGUUUGCAUAGCUACAAGGUACAGCGCAGUGCGGAGGCAGUUUGGCGCACAUAAUGGUGGCAUUGAGACACAGGUGAUUGAUUAUAAAACUCAGCAGAACCGGCUAUUUCCUCUGCUAGCAUCUGCAUAUGCAUUUCGAUUUGUUGGAGAGUGGCUAAAAUGGCUGUACACGGAUGUAACUGAAAGACUGGCGGCUAGUGAUUUUGCAACUUUGCCUGAGGCUCAUGCAUGCACUGCAGGGUUGAAGUCUCUCACCACCACAGCCACUGCGGAUGCCAUUGAAGAAUGUCGUAAGUUAUGUGGUGGACACGGCUACUUGUGGUGCAGUGGGCUCCCCGAGCUGUUUGCUGUAUAUGUUCCUGCCUGCACAUACGAAGGAGACAAUGUUGUGCUGCAAUUACAGGUUGCACGAUUCCUCAUGAAGACAGUCGCCCAGCUGGGAUCUGGAAAGGUACCUGUUGGCACAACUGCUUAUAUGGGCCGGGCAGCACAUCUUUUGCAAUGUCGCUCUGGUGUUCAAAAGGCUGAGGAUUGGUUAAACCCUGAUGCGGUACUGGAAGCUUUUGAAGCAAGGGCUCUGAGAAUGGCUGUUACUUGUGCCAAAAAUCUCAGCAAGUUUGAGAAUCAGGAACAAGGAUUCCAAGAGCUCUUGGCUGAUUUGGUUGAGGCCGCUAUUGCUCAUUGCCAAUUGAUUGUUGUUUCCAAGUUCAUAGCGAAACUAGAGCAGGACAUAGGAGGCAAAGGAGUGAAGAAACAGCUGAAUAAUCUGUGUUACAUUUACGCGCUUUAUCUCCUUCACAAACAUCUCGGUGAUUUCCUCUCCACUAACUCCAUCACUCCCAAACAAGCCUCUCUUGCUAACGACCAGCUCCGUUCCUUAUACUCUCAGGUCCGUCCUAAUGCGGUUGCACUUGUGGACGCCUUCAAUUACACAGACCAUUACUUGAACUCGGUGCUGGGCCGUUAUGACGGUAAUGUGUACCCAAAGCUCUUUGAGGAAGCGUGGAAGGAUCCAUUGAACGACUCGGUGGUUCCUGAUGGGUACCAUGAAUACCUUCGACCUGUGCUUAAGCAGCAACUUCGUACCGCUAGGCUCUGAAGAGUUUUCUUUGCUUGAUACUCAGAUAUGGUUAAAUCACAUUGACUUGCUUCUUCUUUCUUUUUCUUCUUCUUCUCGCUUUGAAUAAAUUCGCGGUUUAAAAACUGGCGAUGCCCUUAUCUAUAAUUCUAUAUGUAGCAAUGUAAUAGUUAAUGUACGGUCUUGUGGCGGAGUGUUAGUACUAUUUUUCGUAUUCAAUGCAACAUUAAUAAAUUGAUCGUUUCUAC